AGACAUGGCUUGCAGUGUUGCCGGAAUCACCUCCGAUGCUAACGUUCUAACCAAUGAGCUGAGGCUAAUAGCACAGAGAUAUCUACUGCAGUACCAGGAGCCAAUCCCCUGUGAGCAGUUGGUGACAGCGUUGUGUGACAUCAAACAGGCCUACACACAGUUUGGAGGGAAGAGGCCGUUUGGAGUGUCUCUGCUGUACAUGGGCUGGGACAAACACUACGGCUUCCAGCUGUACCAGAGUGACCCCAGUGGGAACUAUGGAGGCUGGAAGGCUACUUGCAUCGGCAACAAUAGUGCGGCUGCAGUGUCCAUGUUGAAGCAGGAUUUCAAAGAGGGUGAGAUGUCGCUGUCCUCUGCCCUGGCGUUGGCCGUCAAAGUCCUGAACAAGACCAUGGACGUCAGCAAGCUCUCGGCGGAGAAAGUGGAAAUAGCCACCCUGACGCGAGAAGACGGAAAGACCAAGAUCAAGGUGCUGAAACAGAAAGAGGUGGAGGAGCUGAUCAAACGACACGAGGCUGAAGAGGCCAAGGCCGAGAAGGACAAGAAAGACAAAGAACAGAAGGAGAAGGACAAAUAAACACGUAUUUAGAAUUCAUACUUUCCUAAAAAUCCCGUAAUGUGUUACGMGCUUGUUUGUCUUUUUCUUUAUUAAAACAUUGAAACCAAAUGUG